UCUACCCCUCUCUCAUUUUUGUCCUUGCUACUCCUUCCUUGAUCUUGUUCUUCAUAACUAGCAAUAUAUAUAUAUAUAGUUUUUAGUUAUCUUCAUCGAUCAAUCUCUCAUUAAUUUAUUGGGUUUCUCGAAACAUCCAUUUUGCCGACAGCUAGAGGAUUAAUCCCUCGUCUCAACGGUUAGCGCAUGGGCUCGGAGUCUCCUUCUGCUCAUUACAUCCACAUGGUACAACACCUAAUAGAAGAGUGCAUAGUAUUCAAAAUGAGUAAAGAGGAAUGCAUGGAAGCUCUAGAAAAGCAUGCAAAUAUCAAGCCAGUCAUUACUUCCACAGGCCUGAUUUCAACCCAAGAACUCCAUACUAAAAAGCCCUAUAAACUAGACGCCAUUCUCCUCCAAAACCCUAGCUCUACAGGCAGCAGCAGCAGCAGAUUGCUUCGUUUAGAAAUGGCUCCAGCGAAAGGCUAUGCUACGAAGAAGUCUGAUGCAAAGGCCCAGGCCUUGAAGGCAGCCAAGGCAGUAAAAUCACCUGGUGCCUUCAAGAAGAAGGUCAAGAAGAUGCGCACAAAGGUCACUUUCUACCGACCAAAAACUUUGACCAAGGAAAGAACUCCGAAGUAUCCUCGGAUCAGUGCUGCCCCUCGCAACAAGCUUGAUGACUACCAGAUCCUCAAGUAUCCCUUGACCACGGAAUCGGCUAUGAAAAAAAUCGAGGACAACAAUACCCUUGUUUUCAUAGUCGACAUCCGUGCCGACAAGAAGAAGAUCAAGAACGCUGUCAAGAAGAUGUAUGACAUUCAGACCAAGAAGGUCAACACACUCAUCAGGCCUGAUGGUACGAAGAAGGCGUAUGUGAGGUUGACGCCAGACUACGAUGCUUUGGAUGUUGCAAACAAAAUUGGAAUCAUAUAAAGAAGUUGGCCUCCUUUACGUUGCUAUUCAUGAUCUUUGUUUCUGAGACUGGUCAUUCCAGAAUUUUGUAAUGAUGCCUAAUUACAUUUCCUUUGUUACAACUCUAGUUAUAUUAUUAGACCUUUUUAUCAAAGUCCAAAUAUUGUGCUC